UGAAGAAACUUUGUCAGAAAUGGCCAGAAAAGGUCGUACUCGGAAACCUAGCUUCUGCUGGCGCGUGAAGGGCCUGCUGUCGGAGAGGCUAACUGGGGUUUGAUCGCCGGUGCGUUCUGAACCUAAUGGUUGUGUUGAUUUUUGCAGAACACUCACUGAAAGUAAGUUUACGCAAAUCAGAUCUGAGGAGUCACCGGAAAGACGCACGGCGGCAGAUUUUUUUCUGACCUGGAUGUUUUUCAAUGCUGCUCUGAUGCAAUAAAAGUUAUCUGGACAGUAUAUUAGAUGGAAUAUUGGAGCGCAUAUCAGAUGGCGAGAUUGGUAAAAGUGAACUAUCAAGCUUGCAAUCAAUUCUUCUGAAGCUUCUUAAUCAUUUUGACAACCUAGAGAACAUAUUGCAAUUGAACCAUUUCAAUCAAAUAUUAAGCAUGAUGCAGGGGAGCUCUAGAACCAUUAUCAAUUUGCGGAUUCUUAGUAUAGCCAUAAGGAAUACUUUUGUACGAGAUCCUACAACCAUUCAAUUCCUUUUCGAAGUUUCAAGGUCCUUGCAUGAUAGCAUAGAUCUCUCAAAUAUUAAGGACAAGGAGAACAAUCGUUCAGCACAUUUAAUAUCUCGCUUUAUACACAUGGUUGAUUAUGGUUCCGAAUGUGAACGCCACUUAGCUUUUUUGGUUCAGUGCCGUGGAGCUUUUGGAAGUAUGAGCGAAGUCAAGGAGACUGUUGUUCAUUCGAGCAAUUUACUGGCGAUUAAAUCAAGAAGGAACGACAUUAGCUGUGUCAUUUUUGUCAAAUCUUGUAUAGCAUGCAGUGAAGUUACAAUACCAUCUAUCCCAUCUCAUCUGAAACAGUUAAACCUCUACUUGGAAACUGCUGAGGUUGCAUUAAUGGCUGGUUUAGUUUCUCCCUCAGAUGGACUUGUAGAUUCAGCAUUGAGGUGCUUGAAUAAUGUUGACUUAUUGGAAGGCUCAAGGAUGCCCAAGGACAUUGAUGGGUUUCAAUCAGUAUUAUGCAAAUUUUGCAGUCUUAUUGUUAUGAUUCCAGGUGACAUAGAACGAGGAGUCACUAGCAUCCCCAGGAACAUGUUUUCCAUCCUCAGCUCCUUGUCAUGGAUGCUGCCAAGUAUGAAGGUGAAGGUGUUAUGUGCACUCAUCUUAACAUUUGCUGCAUUAUCACAGAAUAAUCUCCUGUACCAUUCAAUACAUGAUGAGGUUAUGGGCAAUGACUCUUUGUUCUAUGGUGAUCAACAAUAUAUGCAAGAGCUUCUAUCAUUUUCUGCGGUUAUUCUUCAGAGCUUAAUCGAUACUGUUUUACAAGAACCAAUCCAGGCCGCUAGUGGAAAUCUUUCACUUGAUGCUUGCAAUGCUAUUGCAUCUUCUUUCGAAGCAUGUGAAGGAGCAUCUGAUAUUUGCUCCAAGCUGGUGGAAACUGCCAAGCUGUCUUUGGUUUCUGACAACAAAUAUCUUCAAUCUACUAUCAAGUUCCUCAAUAGUCGUGAACUUGUUCAAGGGGAGGGUCUUAAAAAGCAGGAAAAUAACCUGCUCUGCGAAAGUGUCGUGUAGCUUACUUUGUCACUGUAGUCUUCUUUUGUUCUAAGUUGGCAUCUGUCAAAUGUAUAAGUACUAUUUAAGCUUUUCUGGUGUCCGAUUUGUUUAUGUGUAUAGUUAUAUCUUCAUUUAUAUUUUCUACUUUGGUUUCUUCACUACAGGGGUCAUGUAUUCUAUAGUUUAAAUGGGAAAGUUCAAAUAUGUUAUACCACAUCCACAAAAAGUACGUUGGUUUAUGCUC